GAGAAGACAAGAACAGCAUCUGCUAAAGAGAGAGACAGACAGACAGACAGAGAGGAGACAAGAACAGCACCUACCAGAGAGCCAUCUGACACAGGAGAGAGAGUAGAAGAGACCGUGACCUACAGCUCACCUCACACAGACAGACAGACAGACAGAAAGACUGACAGAGAGAGCUAGCACUGACAACAGCCGCUGCUGCCAUGGCGACGGUAGUAGCAGUGCCGGGACCACUCGAAGAGGCUGACCCGGAGACGGAGGAUUCACGCCCCCCCACCCCUCCUACUCAAGCUCACACUGGCGAACCAGAACCAGAACCAGAACAAGAACCGGGGGAAGAAGGCGAGCCAGCCAUCAAAGUCCCGCGCGUCGAAAAUGGGGGUCCGGAAACGUCCCCCCCUUCUGGAGAGAGCUCCACCGGGCUAGCGGGUCCCGUCCCGGAACCACACGUGGGCUUCGAUGCCGGGCUUUCCCGGGUGUCCCAGGGUUCAGAGGAAGGGAGCCUGGAGCAGGCUGCUGGAGUUCAAGAGCUGAGCGGGAGAGAGGAGGUGGAGGAGGAGGGAGGAGGAGGAGGAGGGGCUGCCUGCGAGGAGACACACGAGAGCCAGGACUACCUCGGUUUGGAUUUCACUUGUGAUCCCAAGCUGUUGACGGGAGCCUGGGCCGAAUAUUCUGGAACGACAGAAAACUUUCUCAAGGGCUGCAAAUGGGCGCCGGAUGGAUUGUGUCUCUUGACCAACAGUGCUGACAACGUGCUCAGAGUCUACAACCUUCCCUCAGAACUGCACAGCCAGGACUGCGAGGGGCUCCCUGAAAUGACCCCUGUGUUGUGGAUGGCCGAGGGAGACACAGUGUAUGACUAUUGCUGGUUUCCUCUCAUGUCUUCAGUGCAGCCUGAGACAUGCUUCAUUGCCAGCAGCAGCCGGGACAACCCCAUCCACAUCUGGGAUGCCUUCUGUGGUGACCUCCGAGCGACCUUCCGUCCCUACAACCACCUGGACGAACUCACUGCAGCUCACUCGCUGUGCUUCUCCCCCGACGGAGCCCAGCUGUUCUGCGGCUUCGACAGGAUGGUGCGCGUGUUCCAGACCUGCAGACCCGGCCGCGACUGUGAGAAGAGACCCACGAUGGUGCAGAAGCAGGGUCAGAGCGGACUCAUCUCCUGCAUUGCGUUCAGCCCGGCUCAGGAUCUCUAUGCCUGUGGCUCCUAUUCCCGGACGGUGGGCCUGUACUCGCGAGCGGAGGGGCUCCCCAUUGCAGUGCUGCAGGGGCACCAGGGGGGUCUCACUCACCUGCUCUUCUCCCCCGAUGGCAUGCUGCUCUACAGCGGGGGCAGGAAGGACCCUGAGAUCCUGUGCUGGGACCUGCGUGAGCCGGGCAGGGUGCUGUUCUCCAUGAGGAGAGCCGUCUCUACCAACCAGAGGAUGUACUUCGAUGCCUCCAGGUCGGGUCAGUAUCUGCUGAGUGGGGGCACUGAAGGGGUCGUGUCAGUUUGGGACACCUCUCUACCGCCCUCCGAAGGGAAGGACCCAGUACUGCAGCCUAUACUACAGUUCCAAGCACAGAAAGACUGCGUCAACGGAAUCAGCCUGCACCCCCACAUGCCCCUGCUGGCCUGCUCGUCCGGGCAGCGCCAGCUCCCUGAGCCCUGCGAGAGCGGGGACGAGUCGGACGAGGCUGGGGUCCUCAUGACGAUGCGCGACGGCCAGGGAGAGAACUCGCUGACCCUCCUCUGGGCUGGACCAACAGCGGAGGAAACCGGGGGGGAGAUAACUGGCUGACCCUCCUCACAAUGAUGCAGAACUUUGUCCACAGCUGUAUAGUGACUGUUCAUCAGCACACCCCACUGUGUUGUUUUUGCCAAAGUGGCAUUUCCCUGUGCAUUUGUUUUAUGUUGACUGACAGAAUAAAAGUGUAUUUCUUUU